AUGUUUCAGUGUAGUUUAACCGAGGUAACCAAUGCUGGUUGGAGUUUGUCACAAAAGACGUUGACAGAAUAUUUAAAGAAAACAGAGCAUGAAACUUAUGAUGAGUUGAUUACUCUUUUGUUAAAUUCGGAUAUUCGUGAAUAUGGUUCACCAUGGCUAGGAGAUUUGAAAAAGGCUAGUCAUCUUGAAGCGAAUGGUCGAAUUGUUCAGCUUACUGGAUUACGUAAUAUUAGUAUACCACAGGCUACAGAAGAUCUCAUGUUAAAUAAUUCAUCUGAUCACCGUGGACCAUGUUUAUUGCGAUUUACUUUCACUGAUGGUCGUAAUCAAAUAUUGGGUUUAGAUAUGCAGAAUAAAUCAGAUUUGAAUAUGGAUAUUUCACCUGGAACAAAAUUUCGUCUAAUUGGUUCAAUUCCAUUAGUGAUGGGGUUUUUAUUAUUAUCUAAAAAGCAUAUUGUGGUACUCGGUGGAAUUGUCAACAAUUUAAUACGGGAAUGGAAUAUGACUAAAUUUCUUAAAGGAACAGAUAAUCGUCUGAUCGGUAGUGGUGCUCCGAUGUUUGUACCGUUCGGUAGUCGUGAAGCUUCUUGCCUUAUUCAGACAGAAGGUAAAUUUCUUAAUCAAUUACGAUCGGAUCGAGAGCGUAAUCAAAUGAAAUUUGAUUCAUUUCAAAUGAUUACAACUAAUCGUAAUGAAGAUCAAGUAGAAAGUGAAUUACAAACAUUAUUCAAUGAACAUCGUAAAGAAGUAUUAGCUGAAUUGAAAUCAUCAACAACUUUAUGUACACCUUUAUCAUCUCAUAAUCAUAUUAAUGGUAAUGAUUUCAUUAGCGAUAUCAAUAAUGCAAGUGAUCAUCAAAGAAUAUUUUCUAGCAAUAAACCACGACGAUUUCGACCAGGUUUAUCAAGAUUUUAUGAACUUCAAUCACAAAAAACAAUGGAAUAUGAUAUAUCUAUAGCCAAAUUAUUAUCUUUAGGUUAUCCAUAUCAAAUAGCAAAUCGUGCAUUAAAAGAAAAUCAUAAUAAUUAUCAAAUUACUUUAGAUUAUUUAUUAUCUAAAUCUACAUCAAUUAUGAAUAUUGAAGAUAAUUCAAUGAUGAAUAAUAAUCAUUCUAUCAAUAAUACAUCACAUGGAAUUCGUUCACGUGGUAUUCAUGUUAAUAAUAGUCGUAGUAGUCGAGGUUAUGAACGUGGUCAUCGUGGCAGAAGUCGACAUGAUGAUUCUGAUGGAUAUGAAUAUAAUUCUAAUCGAUCUUCUAUUGGAACUACAAAUGAUCAUCAUACAUUGUUGAUUCGACCAUCAACAGGACUUACUCGAUUAGAUGAUUUAAUUGUUGAUUCAAAACCAAUAACAACAUCGAAUGCAUUAUUAUCAUCUUCAUCAUCAUCAAAUAUUAUAUCAAAAACUUGUAUUCUACCUGUUGGUUGUCCAAUUCUAGCACAAAAUAUAUCUGGUGAUUAUGAAGAAGCUCAAUUAAUUGGUCAUUUCUCUGCACAACAAUUUAAUAAAGCAUUUAAUGGUAACAAUGCCAUUGUUGAUGAUACGAAGAAUAAUCCUGAAAUAAUUGUAGAUGAAGAAGAAAUUGUACCGAUCAGUUUGAUAAGAACAUUAAAUAAAGAAAAGAUUACUAUAGAUAUGGUACCUCCUGCACCAUUGGAUAGAAUACUACCAUAUUGUGUUCAAUCACAAUCUGAAUAUACAGAUGUUAAUCGAUAUGAUGAAAUUCCUUCUACUGAUUAUGGAUUUACAAGUCGACCAUAUCAAUCUAGUAGAGGACGCAGAGGUGUUGGUGGUGGUAGUCGUAAUCAUAGAGUGUUUCGUGCUGGAAGAGGCAGUAGUGGUAGACGUUCACGUUGUAGAACUAAUCACUUCUGA